AUGUGUCGAUUUCUGGUCUACCGGGGCAGCGACGAGAUCUUGCUCUCCAAGCUGAUCCUCGAUCCCACCCAUUCAAUUCUCAAACAGUCGUUUGACUCGCGGUUGCGACUGGAUACCAGACGAGGUCAGAACAAUGCCGAUGGAUUUGGCAUCGGCUGGUAUACCGACCCCAAGCUGGGAGCCGCCCCAUGCCUCUUCACCUCCACCAUUCCCGCCUGGAACUGCACCAACCUGCAGCGCAUCGCCUCCAAGACGGCAUCGCGCCUCGUCUUCGCACACGUUCGGGCCACGACCGAGGGAUCCCUGAGCGAGGACAAUUGCCACCCCUUCUUCCACCGCAGCCUCAUGUGGAUGCACAAUGGCGGCCUGGGCGGCUGGAGCUACAUCAAGCGUCGGCUGGGCGAGAAGCUGACAGAUAAGUGGUACCUCUUUGUCCAGGGCGGCACCGACAGCGAGUGGGCCUUUGCUCUGUUUCUCGACAGACUGGAGCGGCUGGGUGUCGACCCGAGCGCCGAGCCUGCUGAAGGAUUCGGGCCUUCGAUCCUGCGCAAGGCCCUCCUGCAGACGAUAGAGGUCAUCAACGAGCUCACCAUGAGCAUCCCGGAGAGCAUUGUGCAGGGCGAGAACGUGGACACGCGAAGUCUGCUGAACUUUGCUGUCACGGAUGGCCACAGCAUCAUCUGCACCAGAUACGUGAGCAGCAAGACCGACGAGGCUGCCAGCUUGUACUACUCUUCUGGCACGCAAUGGGAAACCAGACCUGCCCCGGCCGACGGCGACUACCAGAUGGAGCGGCGUGAUAAGGGUGCCGACAUUGUGCUCGUCGCCAGCGAACCCCUGACAUUCGAGCGAGAGAACUGGGUCAACGUACCCACGAAUUCGAUCUUGACCAUUCACCACCAGUCAGUGAUGGUCCACCCCAUCCAAGACGGCUUCUCGGAGAGGGAUCCUUACCACAAGCGAUCGUCGGCCUUUGCGACCACGAAGGGUCUCACAACCAACGAGAAAGCCGCACCGGCUGUGAUCAACAGUGACCUCGCCACACCAAGCACUGAUGCCGAGCUGCAGAAACGGACGCUGGGUCCUCUCAUUCCCACGCAAGGCCGCACCAGAACCCACGACUCUGGUAGCACACCAAUUCCUGUGGUGGUACGCACCAAGUCGCCGCUUUCUAACGCGCAAACUACUAACGGCGGCUCGGACAUGCGCACAGUAACGACUGCGCAAUCGCCCCGUCCCGAGAUAGGUCACAAGCAGCCCAGCCAGGGCAAUAUCAAGAAGAAGCGCCGCUCGCUCGUGGCCGGCGAGUGGGCCCACCCUACCGAAUACCUCAACGCCGACGGCCAGCAGCCCCAGGCGCCUGACAGCCCCCCGAUGAGGGCAACCGAGUACGGCAACAACGAUAAGGCAGCACGCAUUUUGGGACUGGCACUAUAG